GGAUUCUCUUUAAAAAUGACGUCACGAACGUGAAAAUAACAUGCAUCAAUAUUUUGACGGGGGACGUUGAAAUAGUUGCUGCUGCGGCGCUUUCGGCCAGCUCGGAUGCGAUUCACGGUGAAUGAGAUAGGCCACGGUGUGGGAUAGGCGGUGCGCCGACGCCCCUUUUCCAACGGGCUCCGACCUCCUCGGUGAAUGGUGGUGGCGGAUCCUUCACCGGUGGGCACUUCACCUGCCUCACCCAACAGUACGGCGGCGCGGCGGCUGUGUCGGACUCUGCGAGUGACAUGGUGCUUCGAGCAGCGGCACUUCUGUCAGCUUGACGCCAACUUGUCUCCACAGGAUUAUCGCAUUCGACCCAUGUCGGAGUUCCCGCCCUUCCCUGUGAGGAGGCGUGGCUGGCCGGGCCUGGCGGCGUCGGAAUGAGUGGUGGUACACCAUGAGCAGGGAGCUGACGGAGGCGGAGCUGCUGGAGCGGGCGGCGGAGGAGCGGGCGGCCAUCGUGGCUCGCUACGACCGAGGCCGGGAGAAUGUGGCCGAGAUCGACCCCUGGGAGGACCCCAAGUUUGAGCUGUACCACGUCACCGACAAGUACGGCUUUAUACACAAUUCGAGGCUACCGGACAAGUACACCGGCCACGAAGCCAAGGUGCGGGACCAGGAGAAUGUGCGGCUCAACAAGUGGCGCAAGAUGCUGGAGGCGUGGGACAAGUACUACCUCAACGACAAGCUGCGGCGGCGCGUCUACAAGGGCAUCCCCAAUGCGGUACGGGCGGAGGUCUGGCUGAGGCUGCUGGACGUGGCACGCAUCAAGGCCGAGCAGGAGGGCAAGUACCUGGAGAUGAGGGAGCGUGCCCGUAAAUGGUCCCCAGACAUCCGGCAGAUCGACCUGGACGUGAACCGGACGUACCGCAACCACAUCAUGUUCCGAGAGCGCUACAGCGUCAAACAACAAGCCCUGUUCCACGUCCUAGCAGCAUACUCAGUUUACAACACGGAGGUGGGCUACUGCCAAGGUAUGAGCCAAAUUGCUGCCCUCCUGCUCAUGUACAUGAAUGAAGAGGAUGCCUUCUGGGCCAUCUCGGUGCUCAUGACGGACGAGAGGCACGCCAUGCACGGGUUCUUCAUCCAGGGGUUCCCAAAGCUGCGCCGGUUCCAGGAGCACCAUGACCGGGUGCUGGGGCGGCUGCUGCCCAAGCUGAAGCGGCACCUGGACCGGUACGAGAUGCACACCUCGCUGUACACCCUCAAGUGGUUCUUCCAGUGCUUCCUGGACCGGGUACCCUUCACCCUCACCCUGCGCCUCUGGGACGCCUACGUGCUCGACGGGGAGCCCGUGCUCACCGCCAUGUCCUACACCCUGCUCAGGCUUCACCGCAAGACGCUGCUGCGGCAGGGCAUGGAGGAAAUGAUAGAGUUCCUGCAGGCGCGUCUGGAGCAGGACUUUGGCUUCCACGACGACGCGGCCAUGGAGGCCCUGCAGGGGGCCAUGGAGGAGCUGAGGAGGCAGGGCCUGCAGGUGCCCCCCGGGAGGCCCCCGCCAGACGAGCUGCCCCAGAGGCCCUUUGGCCUCGAGCUGCCUCCCACCCUGCUCGCACCCAGCCCCAAGCUGACCAACGGGGGCAGCCGGACGCCCUCUCCUGCCCGGGCCUCCUCCCCGCAGCCCUCCCCGUCCCCCCCCUGCGGCGGGGCCGGGGCGGAGGACGGGGCCAGCUCGCUGCUGGACCCGCUGAGCUCGCGCAACUCCCUGGCCGAGACGUCGCAGACCUCGGCGGCCGACCUGUCGAGCUUCUCGAGUCCCACCCUGCUGCGCCGGACCCCGUCCCUGUACGACAACGUCGACUACCGGGAGAGCCUGGAGGCCGCACAGGCCCUGGCCCAGCAGGGGUCUCCGGAAGGGGUGCGCAUCUACGUGCCCUACUGCCCCUCGGGAGGGGAGGAGGAGGGCCCCGUGACCCCCGUGGGCCCCAACGGGGACGUCACGCCCACCAACCAGGACCCCAACAAGAUCACCAUUCACGUGGACCUCCAGCCGGCGCUCAGUACGGAGCUCUAGGAUCGGCCCACGGAGUGUGCUGCUUGUUGGGACGCUUGGAAGCCACGCCGCACCCCAACCAGCCAGUCAACCGAGCGUCAGCGCCGUGGAGGGCCCGACGACGGAGGCCACGGAACCGAACAAGCUUGUUUUUGUCGUUUACUUUGGCGUGCCGCUGCACGACUUGCCUUACCUCCCUUUGGUGGGCCGUUAAAACGGUUUGGGCGGGUGGUUCUGGGCACGGCGUCGGUCUGCGGUGCGGCGGUACCUUGUACAACGGCAGAUUUCCAUUUUACAGCAAAGGCUAGCCAGUACAUAUCUUUUAGGGAGGUGUUAGUGAGAAGUCGCGGGGGCACCUCCCAUUGUGCAGCCGCACAAAGCGUCCGUCAAUAGUCACUGUUUACGAGGGCCACCCUCGUGGAAAGCAGACGACUCGCCAGAGGUGCGACCUCCGUUCCGCGAGUGCUGGCGCGAGGGACGCUGGGAACUACUUUUUGUGCCAAGGGGGUGGUUUAUUUUGAGUUGUACUUACUUUGAGCUGUGACAUUUAGGAAGGAAACUUGCGGUUGUGAAUGUGUCCCCCGGAAACAGUGCAUGCUUCACAAGUGGGAAAGAAUGGAUUUCGCGUGUCUGGGCCAGGCUUGCGGUAUCAUUUUCCGCGCGGGUUCUCGGUCUCGCGACAAAACUCCGUAUCGUCUCGCCGGGCGUGGACGAGCGACGUCACAAAUACUCUGCGUGUGCACCUUGCAAGCAAUAUGGAAAGUGUGUGUCCUCGUGUUUUUAGCGUGGCGAGCAAGGUGCGUUUUUCUUGGCCACGCUAAUUCAGAUUUUUCACUCUUCUUUUUUUUUUUUUUUUUUUCGUGAUUUUUUAAAAUUUACGUUGGGUGUCCCGGUUGUUCUUGGCCGACGCCGUUCUUGGGCAUCUCAGAGGCGACUUGAAUCGUCGGAGAUUGUGUCACAGAAAGCCUUGUUUUCUUAUUUCUUGGAAACGAUCGAAGGGUUCAGCUACUGCUAAUGCAGUUUUUAAGUUUGCUCAUUUUGUCGUCGCUUCGGCCCGAAGUGAUCGGUGUCCUCGUUGCGCUAACUUGUUGUUUGGACGACUGCCCAUUGGGAACCAACACGAUUCGUUGACUGGCAGCUGCAGUGAUUUGUACAGCAAUAACGUCGCACAUGGAGAGGGUGAUCCCACGUCCCCAAACGAGGCCCCGACGGGCCUCUCUCUUGGUGGCGCGACUGCCGACAUUUUGGACAUCCAACAGACCUAGCGACUCAUUUUUAGGCCUCGUCCUACUUGGCAGCAGCAAGUGGACAUCGCAUUGUUCUGCAUCGGCAACUCGUUUGCGUCAACCGGCAUAGAUUUGUACAGUGUAGGCGGUGCAUAGCUUCUUCAUAAACCCUCCAACUGCCGUAAAAACCCUCCAGCCUGUUAGUGGAAGCUCAGACUGCAACCUUUGAAAGACAUCUCUGUGCUGGAACCAAAGCCAAAGGUUCACGGCGCAUUCGAAAAUGGCGCGCUCGUGUCGUAGACUUGGCCUUACUUGCGCGGCAGGGCGAGGGGAUGCAAGAAAGUUACGACGACGUUUCUCUGAACUGUGAACGAGGUUCGAGCCAAGGUUCAGCAUUGAAGCAUUGAACGCUGGCUUGCACGAUGGCCGGUGGUGCCAGUACUCUAAUCAUUUCAUUCAUAUCGCGUUGUGGUUGUGCAUAUGUUUCCCCAUUGCAUUACCGCACGAAGACGAGCACCCAGUGACAGUGGAGAUCAAUAUAUGCAAGAAAAAAAAAGCAGUUGCCUCGAGUCUUCAUGGAGCUCACCUCCGGUUGGUUGCUCCCGUGCAGUGAAAGACUUGCGAUGACCUUCUUCCGAGACGGACGGCAAAAUGCAACUGUAAUGUAACGCACUCUUUAAUGUUCUUAGUAAAAAAUUGGAGCUACUAUUUAAUGUUACCAUCGAACAGUAUAACGUCGACAUUGAAUGUUUGGAACUUGGUUUUUGUUGGCGAUUUAAAAAGUGGUACGUUUGUUUUUCUACAUUUUACAUGAGGACCACGAAGAACUUUUGAUUUUUAUCCACAGAGCAGGUCACGAGCACGCUGUACAUAGUUUGAGUUCGGGUAAUAGCUGCUGUCCUAUUUUUCUUUUACUUUUGGGCUCGAAGCAGUUCCGAAGAAGCUUCAUUCGUAUUUAUUACUUUGAGGUAUGCUGGCAUUGGAGAAGGGUGUACCUUGUAAAGACUAAAAAUAGAGGAAGCGCUUUAGACAAACUUCUAUUGCAAACAAAACAUACAGUUGAUGCGUGACUGUGCUCUGUUCAUCAAAAACCUUUGUGCAGUCUGCUUCGAUGGCUUCCACCUGUGAGAAAAGGCUAGGCACGACAGGUAUCGGCAAUAUGUGGGGAUAGCAUCGACCGCUGCUCGUGUGGACAACUUUGUAGUGGCUCUGCUGUCAUCAUUCUCGUUUGGUUCAAACAUAUUGCUUUAAUAGCAAAAGAAAAAAAACAAGUGUCAACAAGAAACAAAUGGCAGAUUUUCUUGUUUGUUUUGACAUUGACUGUGUUUCUUACAGUCUUGACUGCAAAACAACAUUGUAAAAUGGGCAUUGGGUGUAUGCACUAGGGUGUGUAGUUUUCUUUGGUUUUAUCGAAAGGAGAAAUGUAUACCGAAUAAUAAUUUCAGGUUUGUGGAAGAGAUUGUAGGGGUUGCUUUUCUAUUUAAUUCUUCACAUCUAAUAUAUCUCAAAGUGGGAAGUGAAUCUGAACACUGCUUGAAGAUGUGUUGCGUCUUUCUGGCGUUUUUCUGCAGUCGAGAAAGCUCGAGCAACAAAACAAAGAAAGGGACGUCUCUAUCAUGUUCUCACGAUUAUUUUCUGUUUUUCACAUCGACACCUUGGUGUGGCGUUGUGACGAAAAAAAAGAAAUGGCAAGGUGAAGUGAAUGUUUUGUUACUUGGAAUUUUGUCAAAACUGAGUCAAAGCUUGAAUCUCUGGAGAUAACUCGUGGUUUCAGUCAAGCCCCGAUCGCUAGCGAACUGCAAGCAGGUGCCAUUAUUGCUAGACGCCUCCUUGCCGUGACAGUGUCUCAUCUUGGAGGUUCCUGCCAAAAGUCCGACGUCCCCGACGUUUUCUAGGCCGCUUAGCAUUGUCCGUUGUUCGUUCUGAGCCGAGCAAUCAGGGGCUCGCGAUGCGGCUGAACGACCUUGCAUCUCGUAAUGGGUUGCCCCUUUCAUCACUCUGUGUCAUAUUUCAUUCCCCUUGGGGGUUCACUGACAAUCUAAGAAGGGGGAGAAAAACAUAGUACUGGUUUUUAUGUGUAUCUUGGGGCCCGAAUCAUCUAGGCAAGAGUGCUAGAUAUCUCGGCUUUCACCAGUAAACAGCCCGAAACUUUUCAGGUAAGGGAGAGCACAGUGGGUUAAGCCUCGAUUUACUGCUGAGCCUACCGUCUCCCCCCUUUCUCUCCGUUUGAAAUUUUGGCGCCGUUUGUUUGUGUGACCGUUCAUACUGCGUUGUGGGUUAAGAAAAGCGGGGUCAAGCUCCUUCCAUGAUGCCCUCUACUCUUUCCAGAUUAACAGAGGGAACACUGAAGAGGAGGCAAGUGGACUAGCCUCCUGUCCAGCGUUUGCUCUGCUAAAGUGGAGAGAGUGGAGGGCUUUAUGGGAGGAGCUUGCCCCGCUUUUGCAAUCACCCGAGGUGAAUUAGUGCAAAAGAAAGGGACACAUGCACAUCCUUCGGGCGUGGCUACAAAUUUAUUUCUCGCAACUUUGACGUUGCGAGGGAGGAUUCCUGGUACGAAAGGUCUCGCAACCCGACAGACUAGUGUUAUCGCGUACGUUGCCACAACUGAAAAAGGGGCCCCAGGCGUUGACAACGCGAGCGCCACGUCGGCGGUCGGCCGGGACUCUUGCCGAUCGAGAGGGGGUGUGGUGGAACGUUGAUGCUGGUGUCCAGUGUGUCGGUUUCUUUUCGUCACAUUUUCUGCCCCUGCAUUGGCCUCCGCACAUUGGCCCUUUCACCAGUACAUUGCACGAUGUAUUGGUGCUGUGCCCGUUUUCUCCUUCGUCGUUUUUUUUUUCUCGAUAUCAAUGGGUUUCAUGUGCAUUGUGGGAGCUUGCCACUCAGUGGUAGAGAGGUGUGUGUAAGCAUUUUAAACGCAUGUUUUGAAUAAAUAAGCCAGAAAUUGGACGGGGAAAGCUAAACGUACAAAAUAUGAUUCGCAUGUAAUUUUUUUUUUUUUUUUUUGAGGUAGCACUACGAGGGAGUACAUUGCGCAGAAAUCUUAAAUACGGUUGCGCGUCUCGGUUCCUUCGCGCCUGACUUCAAGAGUGCUUUAUACGUCCGAAAGUUUUGACUCUUGUUGCGGGGACAGACGACAGCCUGGGAAAUUCGGUCGCCAAAGUUUGGCGUCUUGGUCGGUGCGACCUCGUCGACCUCCACUGCAACCGUCCGUCCUCUCGGUGGAGUCGGUUGGAGUCCGGGUUGGCGUUGCCACUUCUGCUUCGCGCAGUUGCCUGCACCAUUCGUCGGCGCGCGACGCUUUGAAAGAAACUCUCAAAACUCUGUCGUGUUCCGAAACGGCGUGUGUGUGUCCCUCUCUUUACACUCUUUGUCUCGGGAGUUUUAAAUGGGCAACGUUUUACCGGCCGGCUCCGAAUCAUUUCUCACCUUUACAAACUUUUUUGACAGGUCCGACGUCCUAAAGGAGAACAAAUUUUUGGAAGGUAUUGAAACAAAGCAUUAAGGAUUUCCCAAUUCGUUUCAUGCGGCAGUCCGUGUACAUACGCACCGAAGAAUCGUUCGACGUCCCUUGGAGUUGGGGGGGUCUCGUCGCAGCUGGACGCGGUGGUCUGUUUUUCUCCACUGUCGGGCAGAACGCCACAGGCUAUGUCGGUGAACGAGCGAACGUCCUCGGGUGCCGUUGAGGAGGGGCCCAUUGAAAGCAAUAGGUGGCAAGCCGAGAACUUGCUGCGCAGCCGUCGCUCUGCCAGAGCGAGAGCCGAACGCAUGCUUGCCGCACUUGUACAUAGCAUAUCGGACGGACGCUUUUGGACGGCGGUUACGCGAGGCUACCGCAUGUAUUUAUGUGUGUGGGCAUGCUCAGAGUGUACCAUACCACUGAUUGUAUAGCUCCUAGUUGUAUAUAGAGUAACAAAUGAGAGCCCCCACUCAAUACCUUGUACCUUGUCCGGGCUUUCUGUGUAAGCCUUCCGCGCUCGUCUCCCAGAGACGGCCCUCGUCCCGAAUUGGCAAACCCAGCGUCGGCGUUUCUUGGGAGGGGGGAGACUAAUCACCCGCAUUGGUCUUUGGCUUUUCCUCGAGCUCUCCUCGCUGCGUAAUAUAGGUAUUAUGUACAACAAACCUUCUCACAAAUAUCUAUAUGUAGAAUCUUUUGGUACUAAAUAAAUUAAUUUUUUUACAAGAA